UUUUGCAUGAAUCCAUCCGGAUUCGCCAUCCCACUCUGUAAUUUCCUUUUUCUCUCUCUAAAAGUUUCUCUUUCUCUCUCCAAUUUUCAUGAUUCCCCUCGGAUGGGUGUUCUCUGAAUUCCACGGCUUCCGUACACUGCCAAUUGACUUCAACUCACAGGAAGAAACCUCUGUCCUGACUCCUACCACAUAAUCAAGCAGGAUUACAGGAGUAGAGCUUCAUUAGGUCAAUGGGGGCUUCAAACUCUAAAAUAGAAGAAGAUAAAGCUCUGCGGCUGUGUCGUGAAAGGAAAAAGUUUGUCAAGCAAGCACUUAAUGGCAGGUGUUCUCUAGCAGUCACUCAUGUUACUUACAUACAGUCGCUGAAAAUUACUGGGACUGCUUUGGGAAGAUUUGUUGAACCUGAACCUGCGAUAGAAUCUUCCUUAUACACUUCCACUAGCGCAACUCCAGAACCACUUGCGGUAACUGAGAAGUCCCUUUCUCAGUUCUCACUCUCUUCCCCAUCUAUGUCACAACGUGUGGAUGCAACUGAAAACCUUUCUCCAUCUCCCUCUCCUCCUACCUCUGUCCGCUAUCAUGCAAAUCACAUGAAAUUUAGGGGUACCUUUUCCAGAAAAGUCGAAGAAAAACCUUCUGUACCUGUUAUGGGAUCAAUAACCUCUUCAAGUACCCCACAUAACACCACACCUCAGUCAAAUGAAAGACCUGAAACAUCACCAUUUGAAGAUCUUGCCAUCCCACCGACAACUCCCCCUUGGGAUUACUUCGGCCUUUUCAAUCCAAUAGAUGAUCAUUUUUCUUCACAGGAAGGGAGUGGAAUGGACCAAGGCUUCGAAAAUGGCAAUGAUGUAAGACGGGUUAGGGAAGAGGAGGGUAUUCCUGAUUUGGAAGAUGAAGAAGACAUGGUUUCUUCUCCUUUAGGAAAAGCGUCUCCAGAAUCUGAAGAUGAAUUUGACGAGCCUCCUGCAGAUACUCUAGUUCGAAGUUUCGAAAAUGUUAACAGGGCACCGGAUCAUGUUGCUAGUGGUUCAUUUGCUAUGCCUUCUGCAAAAUGUGCUGUCUUAGAAACCGAGUUCGUGAAUGGAGAGAAGAGAAACUCUCCUGAUUUAUCACCACUUAGAGCCACAUCCUUGGAAGUUGCACUUCCCACUGACGUAAAGAGAACUCCGGUAAAAGAAGAUGAUUUUGAAAAUAAAGUUGCCCCUAAGGACAUUUUUUCAAGUAUAAAAUAUAUUGAAUUUCUCUUCAUAAAAGCUUCUGAUUCCGGAAUAGAAGUUCCAAGGAUGCUUGAAGCAAAUAAGUUUCAUUUCCGUCCAAUAUUCCCGGGAAAAGAACGUGGGUCAAUGGCAUCAGCGUUACUUAAAACCUGUUUCUCUUGUGGGGAAGACCCAAGCCAGGUUCAGGAAGAGCCUGCUCAAACUACUGUGAAGUACUUGACUUGGCAUCGGACCACGUCAUCACAUUCCUCUUCAUCGAGGAAUCCUCUUUGCCCAAACUCAAAAGAUGAGAUUGAGGACCUUACCAGUAAUCUCUUUGAUAAUUUUUGCAUGACCUCAGGAAGUCAUGCCUCAACCUUGGAUAGGCUAUAUGCCUGGGAGAGGAAACUUUAUGAUGAAGUCAAGGCUAGUGAGAUGGUCAGAAAGGAAUAUGACAUGAAGUGUAGACUUCUUAGACAAUUAGAAUCACAGGGAGAAAGUUCGCAAAAGAUUGAUAAAACUCGUGCUAUGGUCAAGGAUCUGCACUCACGAAUCAGAGUAGCAAUUCACAGAAUUGAUUCAAUUUCGAAGAAAAUUGAGGAAUUGAGAGACAAAGAGCUCCAGCCACAACUGGAGGAGUUGAUUGAAGGGCUAAGACGGAUGUGGGUGGUGAUGUUUGAAUGCCACAAGCUUCAGUUUCACACCAUCUCAAUUGCAUAUAACAGUGGAAAUGCCAAAAUCUCCAUUCAAUCGGAAUCACAUCGGCAGAUUACCACCCAUCUAGAACAUGAACUGAACUCUCUAUCUACAAGUUUUACCAAGUGGAUUGAUGCUCAGAAAUCAUACGUGCAGGCUAUAAAUGGAUGGCUUUUAAAGUGUGUCACUCUUCAACAGAAAUCUUCCAGGAGAAAAAGGAACCAGACCCCAUCGUUAAGGCAUUUUGGCCCGCCCAUAUAUGUCACCUGUGGUGUCUGGUUAGACUUGCUUAAUACCUUGCCGACAAAGCCAGUUACAGAAUCUAUAAAGGUCUUGGCAUCUGAAAUUACCCGGUUCUUACCCCAUCAUGAAAAGAACCAGGGGAAAGGUAUGAAUCAUACUCGGUCAAAAUCCUGGCAGGCUGGUGGCAAUAGUGAUCCAGUAGUUAAUGUAUUGAGAGAUGAAGCUUCAGAGGACUGGAUAACAGGUUUUGACCGCUUUCGCUCUAGCUUGGUUGGUUUUCUUGGUCACUUAAGUAACUAUGCGGAGUCUUCUGUGUUGAUGUUUAAUGAACUCCAGAAGAAGAUCCAAGAAGCUAAGAGUAGCCAUGAAAGAAGCUGAGAGUGGCUAUGAGAUCAUUUGAAGUCCCAAUUAUGACACUGUUUUUCAACUAAAAAGAAAAAGUAAAAAAAUUGAAGAGAAAAUUGGUUGUGGUGAACAUUGUAGACGUUGCAAACCCAACCGAGAAAUGUUGAACGAAUGAUAUAAUGAGAUGGGGAGGACAGGAGAACAGCCAAUUGUGGCAUUUGUACAUGGGGGAGAAAAGAAUAAAGGUGUAUUGGUUGGAGAAUAUUCCUACGUUCUAUUUACGCAGAAAAUAAAGAAGUGGUUAUAGUGUGUAAUAUUGAGAUGUUUUCUUUUAGACGGGGUGGUUGUAACUUGUAUGUUAAAGAUGUGUUUACAUGGUGAUAAAGAGAACCGUCUGCAAGAUAUCAGGACCUGUAUAGCUUUCGUAAACUUGAGAAAUCUCGGGUACGAUUCCGCCCAUCAUAGUUUAUUACCUCUUGCAUUCAAUAAUAUAUCAUUUCUCUGUA